ACCCCUCCCCCGCCUGGGGACGGCAAGGAGCUGCUCUGCAGGCGCAGGCGGUGGCCAGGGUGGCGGGCGUGGCGUGACCCGCGGCUCAGGACUCUGCCCGGCCUGGGCGCGGCCGCAGCCCGGAGGGCGACGUGGAGGCCACGUGGACCGGCCGGGAGGGGCGGCAGGCGCGGGCUGCGGCCCCAGCGAGCGCGCGAAGCCGGCAGGAUGUCACCUUGGAUGUUGAGAGUGUUAAUGCUGCCGCUGCUGCUGCCCACCCUGGGUCAGGCUGCUCCCAAGGAUGGGGCCGCAAGGCAGGACCUUGAAGUGCAGCCCCAGCCCCUGCCUAACCCCUUCCACCCAGGGCCAGAGCAGCUCCGAGUGCUGCAGAACCACCUAAAGGGACUAGAGCAGGUGGAAGAGGACCUGGAGCACAUGAACCGGGAACAGGUUCUCCUCUACCUCUUUGCUCUCCACGACUAUGACCAAAGCGGACAGCUGGAUGGGCUGGAGCUGCUGUCCAUGCUGACAGCGGCGCUGGCCCCCGGAGCUGCCAACUUUCCUGCCAACCCGGUGAUCCUGGUUGUGGACAAGGUGCUCGAGACACAGGACCUGGAUGGGGACGGGCUCCUCUCCCCUGCAGAGCUCGUCAGCGUCCCAGAAGAGGCCCCCAGGGACACAGAGCCCAGAGAGUCCCUGGCUGCAGCCCCGCAGGAGACACAGACCAUUGGGGGGCAGCCCCUGUUAGCAAAGAACUCAUUGAGACAAGAAACUCAGGGGGAUAUGGGACCCAGAGAGGAGGCUGGGAGCCAGGAAGAGUUCAGGAGGGAGUCCCCGGAGCCUGUUCAGGAGGCUGGGUAUCACGCAGGGGCUGAAGGAGACACCCCAGGUCCCGAAGAGGGGGAUAGGAGACAGGUAGAGAAUGAAGGAGAAGCCCCAGAUCUCAGAGGUGAUGUUGAGGGGCAGGGAGAGGCCAGGGACAAUGAGGCAGAAGCCAGAGAGCUUCCAGAGGAAACACUGGAAUCCAGGAAUACCGCAAAUCAGCUUGAGGCUCAUAGUAUCCAACUGGAGAACGAUGAGAUGUGA